UCUAGCAACCAUCUAGCCAACACGGCAUGACUCAAAAGAGGCCCAGCACAUUACCAAGAUAAAAUUGACAUAACAAAACAUAAAUCAGCUGAGUGAGCCAAGAAGUCAAACACAAAAUUUGCUGUUUUAAAUGUUUCUCUGACGAUUGGGAUUAGAUUCAUUAAUCGUGUGGUGUGAUGGAGUGUGCGGUCGAGAACGAUCCGCUGUGGGCGUAUUUACCUGAGCCUGUACUUUAUCAAAUUUUAUCAUAUUUUGAUUACAAGGAGUUGCUCAUUGUUGGCAGUGUGUGCAAAAAUUGGUAUAAUGGCUCUAGAGAUGAAUUUUUAUGGAAAAGAUUAUUUUAUCUUAAUUUUAAAGUUGAUCCAUCUCUUCCAAACAUACAAGGUAAUUUGUGGUAUAAUGAAUUUAAGAGAUUAUGCUACAAUAUACCCCUUGUGGAAACAGAGACCUUAACAAAUCAUAUUAAUGAAGUACUACAUGUUAGUUUUUCACACAAUGGAAAAUAUUUUGCUACAUGCUCAAAGGAUGGAACUGUUCUUUUAUGGAACUCAAAUUAUCCUGCAACAAUUGAGCAUUGUCAUGACAUGAAAGAUUUUUCUUGGAAAUACACUCAGCUAUCACAAUUUAAUGAAUCAGAUACUCUUCUUCUGGUUUCUGGAGUUCACUUUGGCACACCCCAUAGCACUUCAGGGGAAAUAGCUGUAUUUUCUAUCCAAGAUGAUUUUAAAUUGCAAUGUCGCAUUGUGAGUAAGCCAUAUGAUAUCUUUGGCACAUGGUACAGUGACCAGCUUCUUUUAUCAGGCGAUUUACACUGGCUGGCACACUUAAUUAGCACAUCAGUUCUGAAGCUGAACAAGGCAUCACAGGAAGUUGAAUCAGAAAAUAUACCUAUUAUAAAAAAUAUGUAUAAAUUUUACAAUCGAAAUGCCAGCUCAGUGCGUAACAUAAUGAUUGUUAACUGCUUGCCAAAUUCGGAAAACGCCGGCCAACUAAUGGACAUUGAUUGUGCUGCGGAAAAGAAAGAUAAUCGCCUUGAACGAGGUAAUCCAUUGAGUCAUCGUGACAUCGAGCACUUUCCGCAGGCUUUCAAUCAAGCUGCAAGCAGCUCACUUGGAUGGCAGGACAAUUCUGACGGUCUUGAUUAUGAUUCACCAAUUACUUAUAAUUCAGAUUACCGCGACGCUGAAAAUUCGCUGAACCGCUUUACCGACGAUAGCGAUAGCGGCGACAGUGACUUCGAGUACGACAAGAACAACGAGAUGAGUGCGGAUAGUGUGAAUGAAGAAAUGUCCGAAAGCUCGCAGGAUUUUCUCAGCUGCGAUGCCAGCGAAGAGCCUGUCGUUCAAAAUGACAAGUAUUUAAUUUUUACUACUGGAUUUAAGACGUAUACGCCCCACCAAAUAGGAUUCAAACGAAUUAAACCAUUUGUCUUUCCAAAACUGAUCGAUCCUGGAUUACCAUUGAAAGAACGCUUGCAACUACGAGAAAAGAGGAAAGAAAUGCAAAAAAUCGCACCGCCUCCGGAACCCGACUGGUUAGAUUAUGACGCUGUUUCAGACAAAUUUGAUAAAAUCGAUCAUUUGAUUGAUCUUCACGGACAUAUUAUUGGUAUGGGUUUAAGCCCGGAUCAUAGAUAUUUAUAUGUCAAUAGUAGACCAUGGCCCGAAGGAUACACCAUAGCACAUCCUUUGGAUCCACCCCCUAUUGCACAAGAAAUUGACAUACACGUUAUAGAUUUAGUCACACUGAAACGCGUUGGAACCAUGUUGCGGGCCCAUAAGGCCUACACCCCGAACAACGAGUGUUUUUUCAUAUUUUUAGACGUCUGCAAUGAAUACGUAGCAAGUGGCGCUGAGGAUAAACACGGCUAUUUAUGGGACCGACAUUAUGGUGUCUGUUUAGCCAAAUUUCCACAUGAUGACGUGGUUAAUUCAGUGGCUUUCAAUCCCAAGGACCCCGAGAUGCUCGUCACUACAUCGGACGAUUACAAAAUUAAAGUAUGGCGUUCCCGCGAGAAAGUCCACCGAUUGGGACUUGAUGCGGCGCAGUUUCCGUCUGGUAUCGAAAUACGAAAAACCAGAAAAAGGUCAAACGCACGCGUUUACCACCAUUAAUGGUGUGAAACAAUUAACGUAAAUUAAACAGGGUCCCUUUAUACCUGAUUUUACUUGAUUUUAGUAGCACAUUUUAUUCUUUGAUGGAUUGUUACUAGUGGACGGACUUAUACCUAUACCAAAAGAUGUACUUUUUAUUUAUUGAUUGAUUUCAUAUUAUAACCAAAUAUUUAUAUAAAUGGAAAUAUGUGAUAUGUUCCAAUGUUUGAUACAUUGCUUCAUUCGUCACUUACAAAUGCUUUAUGUUAACUACAGUACCUUGCAAUGCGCACGUACUUAACGUUUCAUUGGAAAAAAAGCAGAAACAAAAUGAUUUGUUGUGUAGACUAAGAAUAAGAAUAUAUUAUGUGUAUUAAGAGUUGUGUGAUUGAUAGAGAUAAUAUAAUAGAGAAUUGAAGCUUAA